AUGGCAAUCAUCUGCAACCGGCGCAGAUUAGAAACCAAUCUCCUUUUUCUCUCUCAGGGUUUUGAUUCAUCUUCUGAAAUAUUUCAACACAUCCAGAUGAAGUAUGUGGAUGAUGAAGGGAUCAAGAAUUAUUUCGCUGCAUUUCACAUGCACGGUACAUUUCCUGUUUCAGUUACUACAGAAAAUUUUGCAGAUUUCUUUGACAUUCUCCCAGAGCCGACGAGCAAGAGGUCCUUGUCCUCUUUUAUUGUCAGACACGCACCAAGGCGACUCCCCCCCAACCCCAAGGUUGUACAUGUACACAAUCAGAGGGGAGGAAUGUUGAUGCUAGGCGCAAUGCUGCCUGCAUUGAGGCGUUUGAGAUACAAGUAUUUUGUUGACCGCGUAGCGCUACAUUAA